AUGUCGUCUAAGGAUAGCAAACAAGAAACAAUUGAUAAUAAUAGAGGACCUAAUGCAGAUCAACAAACUCCUCCAGAAGAUGAUAAACCUUCACAACCAAUUUCUUCAGAAAAGAGACAUUCAACAGGUGGACAUGAAUUAACUGGUGUAGAAAAACUGGCUGCACCAGAUGGUUCAGGUGGUCAACCAACACUACUUAAAUGUGUACGUAAAUAUCAUCAUUGUAAAUGUUCACUUGAAACAAUUGUAUGUCAUCUACAUAAAUGUCCCAUCUUAACUUGUAUACAUAUGAUGAUAUUAUCCGGUCAUUGUUGUCCUAUUUAUAGAGAUCAAUUAUCUUUUAUUAAUGAUCCAGUAGGUCUUACGCCAUAUGGCAUUAAUGCCACUUAUGCAGUUAUUACACUCAAUGUUCAAAAGAAUGCUGAUCAAAGAGCUAAGGAGGCGUUGGCUGAUAAUAUCACUUAUCUUUUUGCUUCAAUUGCUUAUGGAGGACGAUUCUAUCUUUUCAUGUUAACAUCACCUCGUUUUCGUCGUAUGGUAAAAAAUCGAAUUUUACAAUGGCAACCAUCACGACGUGUUAUUCCAUUGGCAAAAUAA